CCUGGCGCCACGCGCGUACACAACACGCUCGACACGGGGUCCAUCCAUCCACCCAAACACCCUGCCAAGUUUCCACCUAUCCCUUCCCCGAUUUGAUUGAGUUGAGCCCGACGCCCCCACCCCACCGACCGCGCCUUCCCCACCACACCGCAGCUCCGGCGGGCCCGAACCAAAUCAAUCGCCGGAUCCCCCUCCACCUCCACCGCCCAUGGAGCUGGCGACGCGCGAUCUCGCGGCGCUGGGCGCGGCGGACCUGGUGCGGGUCUCCGCCGCGAUCCCGCGCGCCGCGCCGCGCACCUUCGCGCUGCUCACCGCCUGCCUCGUCUUCCCGCUCUCCUUCGCCGUGCUGGCGCACUCCCUCUUCACCCACCCCAUCCUCCGCCGCAUCCGGACCUCCGACUACACCGCCACCUCCGCGCAGUGGGUGGCGCUCUUCGCCUACCAGUUCCUCUACCUCAUCUUCCUCUUCACCUUCUCGCUCCUCUCCACCGCCGCCGCCGUCUUCACCGUCGCCUCCCUCUACGCCGCCAAGCCGGCCUCCAUCGCCUCCUCGCUCUCCGCGCUGCCGCCCAUCCUGCCCCGCCUCCUCCGCACCUUCCUCUGGGUCUCGCUCCUCAUGCUCGCCUACCACGUCGGCUUCGUCGUCACCGUCGUCCUCCUCAUCCUCCUCUUCGACCCGCCCAUGACCGCCUCCACCCCGCCCCCCCUCUCCUUCCUCCUCGCCCUCCUCGCCGUCGCCUUCCUCUUCCUCGCCAUCCACGUCUACAUCUCCGCGCUCUGGCACCUCGCCAGCGUCAUCUCCGUGCUCGAGCCCCUCUGCGGCCUCGCCGCCAUGUCCAAGAGCAGGCAGCUCCUCCAGGGCCGCACUCGCACCGCCGCGGUCCUCGUUUUCUCCUACUUCGCCAUCUGCGGGCUCAUCACGGGGAUGUUCCGUUCGGCUGUCGUCAAGGCGCGGGGCGAGGAGGGGAGCCUCGACAUGAGCUUGGCCGGCCGGAUAGGCGUCGGCGCUCUGCUCGUCUCUGUUCUCGUCUGUGUCAAUCUCUUGGGGCUGCUCGCGCAGAGCGUCUUCUAUUACGCCUGCAAGGCCUACCACAACCAGGAGAUCGACAGGACCGCGCUGUACGAGCACCUCGGCGGUUACCUUGGCGAGUACGUGCCGCUCAAGAGCAAUAUCCAGAUGGAGAACCUGUGAGAUUCGUAAGCUGCUCACUCGCCUGCUCCUUCCAAAUACUAGCUGUGCUGUUGGAUCUUGUUCUAAAGAAGAGCAUGGCGUUGCCAGGAUUUUAUUUAGUUUUCUUGUUUCUAGUUUAUUGUGCUUGCCUGUUGUAAUCUGUAAUUAACAAUAAUGCGCAGUAUGGACUGAUCUGUGGUAUGCAACAUAAAGGAAGUUCUCAUUCUGCUGCAAAA